GCAGAGCGCCAGUCUCCGCCUUGCAAGCUCAGCGUGUCCCCGCUGCGCCUCCGCUGUCUGUGCCUGCAGCCGUCUUCCCGCCGCCGCCACCACCACCAUGCCCAACUUCGCCGGCACCUGGAAGAUGCGCAGCAGCGAAAACUUCGACGAGCUACUCAAGGCUCUAGGUGUGAACGCCAUGCUGAGGAAAGUGGCGGUGGCGGCUGCCUCCAAGCCGCACGUGGAGAUCCGGCAGGACGGGGAUCAGUUCUACAUCAAGACAUCUACCACGGUGCGCACCACUGAGAUCAACUUCAAGGUCGGAGAAGGCUUUGAGGAGGAGACAGUGGACGGACGCAAGUGCAGGAGUUUAGCCACUUGGGAGAAUGAGAACAAGAUACACUGCACACAAACUCUUCUUGAAGGGGAAGGCCCCAAAACCUAUUGGACCCGUGAGCUGGCCAAUGACGAGCUUAUCCUGACGUUUGGCGCCGAUGACGUGGUCUGCACGAGAAUUUAUGUUCGGGAGUAAAGGCAGCUGGCUUGCUCCUACUGUCAGUAAGGGAUGUAGGCUCCCCCAAGGAAUAUGUCAUAGGUCUGAGCCACCAUUGGACACCCCUUCCCUCUAUCAAUAUUAGAUGAUUCCAUUUCCCAAUGACAGUGUUGUAGUAUCUCCCAACCCUCCACCCCCACUCCCAGCCCUUUGUGCCUCUUGUAUUCCUGGUGCUCCAUAGUUUGGCAUUUGCACGCAUUUGUCAGUCAUUAAACUGGUUGGAC